AUGGAGAUUUCAUCAUUGAUAAACUUACUGCCCAAAGCUGAAGUCCAUACCCAUUUGGAAGUUUCUUUGCCAAUAAGCAGAGUCUAUGAGAUAGCAAAAAGAAAUGAUGUUACUCUUCCGCUUUCCUAUGAAGAUUGCAUCUAUAAAUCAACUCACUAUGAAGGACUUUGCGAUUUUUUAAGCAUUUUAAGAGUUGCGUGCUCUGCUCUUAAAUUUGAGCAGGAUUUUUAUGAAUUGGCGUUGAGCUAUUUCAAGAUCUCCUAUGAAAAUAAUAUUGUUUAUACCGAGCCUCAAUAUCAAAGCUGUAACUUCACUAAGUAUGGAGUAAGCGAAGAAACUAUAUUAAAUGGGCUUUGAAGAGCAAUUCAAGAAGCAGAAACUAAUUAUGGAAUGCAAAUAAACUUGCUAUAUGGAAUUGGCAGAGGCGCAUCUGUUGAAUCUUCAAUCAAUUCUUUAUAUUUUGCUAAACAACAUAGUGAAAAAUUCAAAGGAAUUGCAUUUGCAGGUAAUGAAUUUCUUCAUCCUGCAAAAUACUAUAAAGAAAUAUUUGACCUUUCUUCUAACCUAGGACUAGCUGGACCAAACGACGAAUUUCUUGCAGUACACACUGGUGAGGAGGCGCCACCAGAAAUAAUGAUAGAAACGCUUCAUAAUUUUAAGAUUGGGAGAAUAGAUCAUGGAAUACGUGCCUUAGAGGACCCAUUCCUUGUAAAAAUGCUGAGCACUCAUCAAAUACCUAUGGGAAUGUGCCCUAUCUCGAAUAAAGCUUUAAAAGCAUUAGAUCAAUUUCCUGAAAGGAAUUAUAUUUAUAAUGACUUUUUGGAUCAUGGGUGCUUGAUUUCGAUAAAUACGGAUGGGCCCGCUUGGUGCGGAGGGGAGCUUUCUGAUAAUUAUCUAGAUUUUGCAAAUCACAAUAUGCAUUUAAAUGCAGCAGAAUUGAGCCAAAAAGUUGUUAAAAUAUCAGAAAACUCAUUUAAAUGCUCUUUUUUAAGUGAAAGCGAUAAGACACGAUAUAUAAAUAGUGUCAGAAGAAUAGCAGACAAUCUCACAACACUAGAUUAA